UAUGUAUGUGUCAACUACUGGCGCCAGAUCUGGAUGCCCGCGGCUCAUCAACCACAGAUCUCGUCUUCCAUCUCCUCCUCAAGCUAUAUGGCGACCGAAACUAAUGAGAUUAAUAUUUCUGAGCAUACGUUGAUGAUCGACGGAAGCGCACAGCAAUAUCAUUCUCCACAGAUUGAUCCAAAGAAGUCUCGGUUUCCAUUCUGUAUUGUCUGGACGCCACUCCCGAUCUUGUCAUGGCUCGUUCCAUUUAUAGGCCAUGUUGGUAUAUGCAGAGAAGAUGGAGUGAUUUUGGACUUUGCUGGACCAAGUUUUGUCUCUAUAGAUAACUUUGCUUUCGGUGCAGUCUCUCGUUAUGUCCAAUUGAGUAGAGAUAAGUGUUCCAUUUUGACUCAGAUUGAUAAGGACACUGUAAUGGAGGAGGGGGAGGAGGAGUCGGGAAGAAGCCUGUUGACAUGGGAUAGUGCAUUAAGGAAGAGCACGCAGGAAUACCAACACAGGUCAUACAAUAUCUUAACCUGCAAUUGUCAUUCCUUUGUUGCCAACAAUUUGAAUAGGCUAGGGUUUCAAGGUGGUGGAUGGAACAUUGUGAAUGUUGCAGCAUUGGUUUUGUUGAAAGGUCAGUGGGUCAAUACUUGGUCUAUGAUUGGAUCUUUAUUACCAUUUUUUGUACUGUUUAUUGUUGGAAUCACCUUUGGAGGAUGGAGUUUCUUCACUCUCUUUGCUGCAUUUGUCUUCAUCCUUGCUGGUUGGUUUCUUCUAGGUACUUGUUGCUUCACAGAUCUCAUUCAGAUCUAGAGACUAUCUUUUCUCUAUUAUUAAUCUUUGUGUAAUAUGGGUAUUAUUAUUAUUACUAUUACUAUUAGUAUUCCUUCAUUUUCUAAUUUUUGUGAUUGUACAUAUACAAUUUGUUAACAUUUUCCACAGACAAAUUAAGGGUCUUUUAUUAUAUUCUA